UGCUAGUCCGUAGUAGUAAAUGUGAGGCAGUAAAACGUAGCGGCUCUGGCGAUCCUCUCACGAUCGAUUCAGAUCGGAUCGGACUUUUGAGUCACGCGCGAGAGCGUAGUGAGUCGCAAGCUGAUCGGUCCGCUGAUUGAUCGAUAACGCAACUGAUCUAAUUCAUUGAUCGUGGUGAUUCCUGUGGAUACUCGCCGUGAGAGCGUGUCCGACCAGCCGGAGAUUCGCACAAAAUUCCCGUAAAUGAUCCCAUAGAUCUGCCACGAUGUCGUCGACAUUAUUAUUAAAUUGUGUUCUGGCGUGGCUGUUCGUCAUCAUAGGGGCGAUUACCGUAUCGAUAGAUCGGGCUGACAUUAAAAUUCCACCACCGACACGAUCGUCGAUGAUCGCGAAUGGAUGGCGGCCUCUGACCAAUUCCUACGAGGAGACAAUCGGCACCAAUGUGUCGCCGUCGAGCCACCUGGAGAAGAACGUCCAGGUGCAUCCCGUCCUAAAUAAAUUCCAGGAACACAUGGCAAGCUCGGAAAAGCUAAAGUCGCUGCGAAAGGGCAAGCCACCGGUUCACGAAUACAGUCCGCCGAGCAUACUCGGUAGCUUCACGGUGUUCGGACACGCGGCGACGAAGGCGCGCGGCGAACCCAAGACGCCGAGCAAGCACGUGGCCACGGAGACCCGUGAGUACACGUUCCUGAUACCGCCGCCUAAGGACGCGUACCGCUUCGGUGAGGUGAACCAACACCGCAAGCCGGUCGUGCGGGAUAGCGGUGGUUACGUGCCGAGACAGCCGCCGCAGGCAGCCUACGACGCGGCGCCGAGCAUCCCUCAGCAACCGCUGGAUAAUGUACGUUCGGCGACCUAUUUCAUCAAGGGUUUCCCAAACAACCGUCCUUACGUGCCGCCCUACGCCAUGCCGCAGGCGCUCCAGCCGCCCCGCUCUCAUCCGCCGAAGCAGUUCGAAUCCCUGAAGGUCGCCAACAACGCGAAUCCGUAUUUCCAGCUGCCCGGCGCGGAGAUCCCGGCUGAUUUCGGCAAGCAGAAGCUCGGCGGCAACGAUCGCGACGCCUACGACAGGUACCAGGCGCAGUCUCACGCGCAGAUGUUAAACGCGGCGAACACCGGGAACUUCUACAGCCAAGUGAAUCAUCCCGCGAGUCACUAUAAGUCCAGUUUCGAGCGGGAUCCCGCUUUCCUGGUGCACGAGAGUCACGAGGUUAGCUACGUGACGCCCCCGGGCACGUACAGCGCGUACAGUUUCCGACCCUCGUUGCCCUACGAAACUCUACUGCCGCCGGCGGUCUAUUCGUCCUCGUCGUCGACACCACCGUCCACCACCGCCGUCACGCGGAAUCCCAGCAAGUUUGAUCAGGAUAACGACGCCGCGCGGGAACACGACUACGGUAAACGUCCGAAUACAAGCACCCGUAACAAGUCAAAGAAAGGCGGGCAGACCGAGGUAUCUAAUACCAGAACUACGAGCACUUAUUACGUGGGGGAGCGUCAGGAACUUACGACGUCCACGUGGCCAAAGAGCAAAUACACGUCCGACAUCAAUGAAGUUCUGCCGAAGGAAAAUCCGCCAAGCAAGUUCAGCCAAGAUGUCGCAAAUCAAAAUCAGAUCACUCAGGGCACAAAGAUCGCGCAUCACGGACCGCAAAGUUCCUUCGAGUCUGUUGAGGUUUACCAGCCGACGCCGAUACCAGAUUACGAGACACCGGAGAGCAUCUCGUUGAAGCACUUCAACGAGCAACAGUUCUUGCUGCAGCAACAGUUACUGCUGCGCGAUCGACAGAGACUGGCGGAACAGGAACGUCAGCAGAAAUUGGAGAUCGAGCGGCAGCAGCAGGAGGAGCUGAAGAAACGGCAGGAAGAGCUUAAUCAGCUUGCGCAACAGGAGAAAGAUGAGGAAGAGGCGGCCAGACUUGCCGCCGAAUCCGCAAAAAAUCAAUCGCAAGAGAUCGUGAAGAUCUCGAGCGAGAUGCCAUACACAAUUCAAUUGGAACAGUUCGAGCCGCAGGUCACCACGGAUGUUAAUGUCCUGGUAUCACAGCCUGGUAUUUACAACAUCGAACAGCUGAGAUUUCAGCCUCAGAUAUCCCAGAUCCCAGAGAAUCAGGUGAAUCAAAACUAUCAAUACCAGCAGCAGCUUUACCAGAACAGAUAUCAGGAGCAACCGAUCGAUUAUCACGAGCCUCAAACAGAGACGCGGCCGUACCGUCCGCAGAAACCGUCCCGCGAUCCGCAACGUCGCAAAAAGCCGACGAGCGUCGCUCACGAAAUCUCGCCGACGGAGCCGCCGAGCCAACCGCCGGAAACCGCCAUUCCCCUGACACUGUACGCGGAGGAAGUGCCGAUUCAGACAACGACGGCGCCGGAAGUGCAGACCGUGCCGGCGACACACAGGUCCAGAACUCGCCGUCCGGUCGCGCCGGGUCGACGUAGGAAGCCCGCGAUGACCACGCAGGAACCCGUCACGACGUCCUACGCGGAGGAGGACUAUCUCAAAUAUAACCGAGAGGACGUGCAGCACAAUCAGCACGAUUCGUCGCGGAGAAGACGGAUAAAACCCACCCAAGCGAGUUACAACGAGGAUGCGAUGGCGGAGAGGAGGGGUAACACCAGGAAACGACCGAGUCAUCGGACGAAGGUGAACCAUGACGAGCAGUACGAGAUCGUAACGGAGAACGUGCACAGUUCGCUAAACGCGUACGCGGCUCAGACCACGGAGCCUGCGCCGAGCUACAAUGAGAACAAUCAGUUCGCGACGAAUCAGCCGAGCGUCUCGUACGAAACGAGCCAACCGAUUAACCAGUAUUACGACUAUUCCUCGCGGCAGAACGAGGGAUAUCGCGAGGAGACCAUCACGCCGGAGCAAGUGGUGCCGGAAUACCUGACGGAGAUCAGUCGCGGCAAGAUCGAGGACUACAACGUCGACACGCGCCAGCAAAACGUGAACGUCGUCACCAGCAUCCCGCUGGAGGAGCUGUACGUGAAGACCGACAAUAAUUAUUACGAUCGCGCGACAACGGACACGUCGACGGCCACGACGUCGACCGCCACGACGACGACGACGACGACAACCACCACAACGACCACAACCCCGCAGCCGAUAACCUUGGCACCUCAGGUCGCCACUUCCACAUCGAGGUCUCACAAAAUCGGUCGCCCGUUGAGGUACGGCAACACCACCAGGCCGCGUUUCAGUAUCAAGGAUUACAAGAGCCGCAUGGACUACAAGAGCAGGAUAUCCCAGGUCUCCACGACGGAGGCGGCGCCGACGCCAGCCGGCGAGACCUUGACGCGCGGUCCUCACGUCAAGCAGAGAACGAGCGCGAAGAAUCAACAGACGCAGCUGACGGGCGACACCGUCCGAGAGACCACCGGCAGGUACAAAUACGUCUCCCGGGUGAACUAUCGGACCACCACGUCGUCCCCCGCGGUCACGAGGGAGCAGGAACGAUACUCGGAGGAGAGCGCGUCCUCGACGACCGAGAAGAGCUCCCGAUUCGUGCCGAAGAGGCGGCCGAUCAGCGGCAACGUCUAUCGAAGUAGAAUCGCCUCCACCACGAGCAGUCCCACGCGAUCUCAGAUCAACGGCGAGACGAACGUGAGGCAAACGGCGCGACCCGAGAACGUGUACUCGUCGUCGAUACGCAGACGGCCGGCCAUGAGGACCAGACUGCAGAAAGAGAGCACCGUGGCCACGGCAUAUCCGGACAGCAAGCGACAGGAGGAACCUACGGAGAUGACUGCCGAAGAAACCAGUUUCUACUCGACCGCCGCCUCGUCGACCACUCGCUUCGUGGGCAACGAGAUCGUCGGCGAGAAAGGAGAGAUCGCGUCGCUCGAGGAUCAUCCGGUGAAACUCGGCAUGCAGGAGAGCAAAAAUGAAGGCCGUCAAGAGGAGGCUGUUUUAGAAAAGGAGGAGACGAGAACCGACGCGGCGCCGGCUGCGGACGAUCGCGGGCGGAUUUCGAGCGACGAGCCCGAGCAGACGAGUCGAGUCGAGAAGCCAGAAGUCCCUCCGGCGGCCUCCGGAAGCGAUGUCGACGCGGCGUCAGAGAGACAGCCGGAAAUUACGGAGGCCACGACGAAGUUCGAUGUGCCCUCCGACGAGGAGGAGCUGUUCGCCAAAGCGUCGCAGAGCGUGGCGGACCUGACGAGCUCCGCCUCCGCCCUGUACGACAAGCCGGGCAUGUUCAAGGCGGUCUCGCCGGAGAGCAGGCUCGUUUCGUCGCACUUCAAGAUCACCACGGACGAGCCGACGUUACCCAUCGAGGCCUUCUUCCAGGAGUUCUCGAAGAAGAACUAACGACCAGGUUUUGCUCCGCCGCGAAACGGACUGACUGUCGAGUCGCGGCACGCGCGAUCGGCAAUCCCGUGACUUCGUCGAGAAGCGACGGAAGACCGUGAAAAAUAAUCCGCGAGCUUCCCUCGAAAUAGAGAGUUCUGAGAUUUUUUUUUUUUCGAUUUCGCAAAGAAUUUUUAUUUCAAAAGAGAAUCUAAAAUUACACGCGUCGUUAAAAUCGGAAAAGGAUUUAUGGAUUUCUCGAAGCAUUCUAUUAUCUGGUCUUUACGCUAAAUGUAGAAAGUUUUGAGAGACUAGAGGAAGUUACGUACCUUACGUGCACCAUAGUCUUACGUACUUAAUUUCGCUUCUAAAUUAUUGUUGUCGCACCGUCAUUCUCAUCGUGGAAAAUUAAAACGCUCGAGGCGCAUCGCGAGCGUUCUAAUACACGACCACCAUCGCAAACGCACUUCCCUAUAGAUAUUAGAAAGACAAAGGGAUUUCUAAUGACUUAGACGCAUCGUAGCAGAAACAUUAGGUUUGAGAAGAAGCGCCGCUGUUCGAUGAAAUUUCCGAUGGAGCAGCCGCGCUUUUUCUCGCGCUAGCUAAGAAAACUCGGCAGGACAUUUCGUGUGCAAUAUCUGUGAAAAAGCAAAUUAUCCGACCUACUUGUGUCCUGUGGUAAUAUCCUUUGUAUAAGUUCUUUUUAUAUGUACCUUUAUGUUAGAUUACUCAUAAAAGGGGAAAUACCAAAAGCAAAUUUCGCGAAUUAGGCAAUGUAAUGAUAUAUCAUUGGGAACGCCUUAUUAGUGUAAGCAUGCGAAUCAUCCCAUUGUAUAUUUAUUUAAGAGAUCAUUCUUCAAAUCAUUUCUCGUCAUUACUUUCCGUAAUAUUUCGAAAUAAACUAACGAAUGCUACGAGAUAUUGUAAAUAUGAAUACGUAGCAUAGAAUUUUCAACAUCAUCCUCUGUGCAGAAAAAUCUCUUUCAAAUUUUAUAAGAAGAAGAAAGAUAUAUAUUUUAAAGUUCACUAGAAAAUUUCGUAAAAA